AAAAAAUUAUAUACUCUGAUUAGAUCAAAGUGUAAUGAUCGGAGUGACAUGAAAGCACAAGAAUGUCACGUGUAAUUAAAUUUUUUAACACAAUUAAGAAUAAUUGGAAGAAAUCUGUAGUUGGUGCAGCUGCACUAUCAUAUGGAGUUUCUUAUGCCAAUCAGAGUUAUCAAGCAAAUCUGUUGAUGACAGCUUACUGCAAAGAAGCUGUCAAAUAUGGUGACGAAAUUAUCCCACCAACUCGAGCACCCCGGCACAUUACAAUUAUUUUGAACCCGGUUGCCAGGAAAAGGAAAGCCAAGAAGUUGUUUGAAAAAUACUGCGAGCCGCUAUUUCAUUUGGCGGGAAUAUCAGUGACGAUUCUCCAAACGGAGAAGGAGAGUCAAGCGAGGCAGUUGAUUGAGAACUUGAAUACCAGCACAGAUGGUAUUUUAGUUGCUGGAGGUGAUGGCACUUUGCUGGAUGUCGUUACCGGGUUGAUGAGAAAGUGCAACGGCAGUACAUUUUGCGCACAGCAAAUUCCUAUUGGUAUUUUGCCUCUAGGCGAAGCAAACAGAAUAGCUAAUUCAAUUUUUGGUAGCAAACAUGAUGAGCUACCUCACAUACGCCAAAUGAUUGACGCUUCCAUGGCCGCGGUUCGCGGUAUCACCAAGUUCAUUGAUGUCGUUAAAGUUGAACCACUUGAGCAAGACGAGGAGAAUUCAAUAAAACCAAUUUAUGCACUAAGUUCUAUCGAAUUGGGCGCGUGGAGAGACGCUGAUUCUAGAAAAAAUAAAUACUGGUACUGGGGAAACUUGAGAAGAUAUGUGACGUAUGUAUUUAAUGGAUUUAAAAAUGAUCUUAAUUGGAAUUGUAACGCUACAAUAAGAUACACGGAUCCAUGUCCCGGUUGCUCAAAAUGUUACCAGCAAAACCAGUCACCCGGGCAAUCGGAUGUUAGAUGGUGGCAUGUAUUUAUUCCUAAAAAAAUAACCUUUGGCCAGAGUAAUCAAGUCGAUUACAGUAAAGUCAAAAAUGAUGACUGUGAUAAGUUCAAAGAAACUCAUGUUGCAGCAACUGAGCUAAGUUUGGUAACAAAUAAUUUAAAUAAUUCACAGUCAGGUCCGCCGGCAGUCAAAUUACAAGUCGGUCCUGAAUCCAUAAAUUACAUUGAAUUUGUCACUGAAGGAUGGAGGCGGAUCAAAGGUAAAAAGAAAGUAAUAGAAAAUAUAUUUGAGGCUAAAGAAAUUGAAUUUCUUCCCGACUCAACAGAAGACUCUAAUAAAAAAGAAAAUUAUUUUUCAAUAGACAACGAAGAGUUUGAACUGAGACCGAUGAAAAUAAAAUUAAUUCCUAAUGCUGUAAAAAUAUUUUGCCCGUAAUACAUGUUAACAAUUGAUAUUGUUUAUUUUUUAAAUUUUA